AUGGGGCUGAAGGGCAGCAAGGCGCCCUACCGCAUCAGCACCGCCGCCGCAGGCUUUGUGGCGGGGUUCGCCGUGACGGUGAUGCUCUUUACGGCACACCAGAAGCACAGCGAAGCGCAUCUGGAGGCUUCCAGCCGCCUCUUCCCCGGCCAGCUCCCCGGCCAGGAUGGGUCUGCACAGGCGUCGGGUCAGCAGCCCGCAUCCAUCCAACGGCUGGCCAGCUGGCUGCACCUGGCGCGGCGGGCGCCGCCGGCGCCGCCGCUGCCGCCCAGGCUGCGGCCGCCCGACCUCAACCACACCGCGAGGCUGAUGGUCGGCUUCGGCAACUCCGCUUACUUUGAUUUCGUCCAGAACUGGGCGAGGAGCGUGAUGCCCUUCGAGCGGUCCUUCCUCAUCGCAGCCCUGGACGACCAGAUGCUGGGCCAGUGCGAGGCGCAGGGCCUGCCCUGCGUGGCCGCCCACGCCGGCACCGCUGCCGGAGACUUCCGGGACAAUGUGGCGGCCUUCCGGCAGAUGGGCGCGAUCAAGAUCCAGUUUGUGCUGGGCUUGCUGGAGCAGCACCCGACGCUGGAGCUGGUGGUGGUGAGCGACAGCGACUGCGUGUGGCUGCGCCCGCCCUGGCAAUACCUGGAGCAGAGGCAAGGGGUGGACUUCUUUGUGUCCACAGACUGCCUCAGCGCCAAGGCGGAGGAUGCAUGGCAGCCGACCGACCGCAGCUACCCACUCUGCGGGCACGUGCCCGGCAACUCUCACGCCGCGGCUUUCAACACCGGCAUGUUUGCUGUCUCCAACACCCCCGCCUCCCGCGCUUUCCUCAAGGCCUGGAUCAAGAUGCUGACCGACCCGGCCCAGGCCAAGCACGAGGACUCAGACAGCCACGUUGACGACCAGCUGGCCCUCAACCUGCUGCGUGGCGUCACCCCCAUCGCCGUUCACGCCACCUUCCAGCGCCACCCGGUGGCGGCGCUCAAGAAGCACCGGCUGCGGGAGUUUGGGUUGUGGCACGUGGACCCGCCAGAGUACUAUGGGCGGGUGCCACCGGGGCUGGAGGGCCCCGCGGCGGGCCGCCUGGCCUCCACGGGAGACUUCCCGCUCAAGGCGCUGGCGUACGGCGGCGAGGGCGAGGUGCUGGCAUUUGUGGAGGGGCAGGAGCGGGCGCGGGACUCGCUGGCCGCGGCGCGCAUGCUGAACCGCACGCUGCUGCUGCCCACGCUGUGGUGCUGGUGCGACCUGUCUGAGUCGCCCGACGUGCUGGAGGCGUGCAGGACGCAGGGCAGCGACGUGGAGUUGCCGUUUGAGUGCCCGCUCGACUUCCUGCUCCCGGCGGAUUCUCUAGAGGCCGCCGGCGUGGACUACCGCCACCCAGGCUUCCUGGCACUGCCGCAGGUCCCCGACACCCUCCGCAGGGCGAAGGCUGCGGUGGUGAUUGUGUCGGAGCGCCCCGCCACGCCCUUCCCGCAGCCCUCCCACACCGUGGGGCACGCCGUGACCGUCUGGGCUGGCAUCCGGCAGGGGGAGCUGGUGCAGGCGGUGGCGCCGGUGGAGGGGGAGGCGGUGCUGCAGCUGAGGGGCGCAGUGCCCGGCUUCCUGGGCGGCUUUGACGACGUGGCCGCGGCCGCCGCCUUUGACCAGGCCUUUGACCGGGCGGUGGACGACUAUGGGGAGCCGCCUCACUGGUGCUGCCUGUCCUGGGGAUCGACCGACGUGGGCGAGCGGCGCAUUAUCCGCUACCAAAUGCCGGCGCCGCUGGCAGACGGCUGGAAGCCGUGGGAGGCGCCUCGGCUGGCGGUGCCCCCCUGGUGCGACCUGCUGAGCAGUGAGGACGGCAACGACCAGUGGGCGCGGCUGCCGCAGCACCCCUGCGCCUUCCUCCGCAACGCGACCGCUGCGGCACUGGCUGCGGCGCGGCCGCCGCCGCCGCCCCCCCCACUGGCGGCCCUGGCAGCGGAAGCCGGCGGCGGGGGCGAGGGCGCCGCAGGCUACCAGAGAGGCGGCUUUGCGGGGCAGGAUGGCAGCGGCGGAGGCGUGGGCGAGGCCAGGGGCGAGCAGGCUGCUGAGGAGGGCGCAGCAGAGGCGGGCGUGGGAGUGGAGGCGGGAGAUGCAGGCGGCGGCAGGUAG